CUUGUACUUCAUGUCGACCACCUUUCUUCCAGAAGGGAUGCUGGAUCCUUUGUACCCUUUUCUGCUGUUAGCUUCAAGUGAUAUCGAAUACGCCAAAAACUAUGUCCCUCUUGCCUGACGACCUUGUCCCGGUGUCUGGGUAACCGAAAAGUCACUCCCGCUCGCUGAGACCUUGUACUCGUCACCUCGACUCCAGCCAUAAAAUGGUCCUACGCUGAAGCGAAAAGUUCGACGGUACUCGCCUACCAAUCUUCCCUCUCCUGUUUCCCCACUCUGAACACUCAAAUGGACUCGCGUGCUCCCAUUUCGUUCUCUGCGGUAAGAAGGCGUGGAGCAGCUCAGCCGAGACCCGUCAAAGACGCCCCGAGGACUGGCUUGAAAGCUCUGAAGACGUUCUUCGAGGACAAUGUGUUCCUUUUCUGCCAAUCGCCCGAGGAAGUCGCCAAGUUUCGUCUCAAGGUGCGAAACCAGGAGUGGAAGGCACGUCAGCUGUAUGAGACCCUCCCACACACAAAUCUCCCAAGCAACGAAUACGUCCAGGUAGAAUUCUACUCUCAGAUGAACAUGCUCUAUCAGCAAAUGGAGCCUGACAUUGACAUGAUGUUCCGACUGGAUGAGUUUGGAGGAUUGGACCUUCGUGCGUUGCGCCGAAACUGGGGGUUGCAGACUUGCGUGCCCAUCCACCCCUUGCGAUGGGAGCUUGAGGACCCCGCUGACCGAGACUGGCUCAGUCCUCUUGCUGUUGCCAACCUCUGCGAGCGUGGGCUAACGAUCAAGUUCACAGAACCUUUUGUCUCCAAGUUCACGAUCCGGCAGCGCCAACUGCGCGCUUCUUACAGGGCUUUCCGCGCCUUCUCUGACCUCUUCCUCUGCUAUUUCAUCUCUCGCCUCGACCGAUACACGCCGUUGGUUAAUUGGUAUCGUGCCUUCCAGAGGAUCCCUGCAAAAAGACUUAAGGAAAUCGAAACAACGGUGCUUGGGUUCUUUGUUGUACUCGCUAUCGGAUCAGUUUUUUACAACCAUCACCUCGACUUGUGGGCCCUUGCUGUGUGGCUCAAAGAGAUUAUAUUGUGUUUGUUCUAUGUUCAUUGACUAUAUGUAACCUAUGCCUUUAUGCUAUAUGCCUCUAUGCCAUCUUAAUCUAUCGUACGAGCUACCCAUACAAAUAUAUACGGCUUGAGAACAUUGCGGCAUGGUGCCGGUUGAAUUUCCAAUUUCUCUUUUAUCUGAUUAGAUUUCUCUCA